AUGUGUGGGUGGUCAGGUGGAGAAGAAGUAAUCUCAGUCUGUUCGAUCGUUUGCAAGGAACAAUUGAGUAGUGGUGGUGGUGGUGGUGCUGCCGCUGCUGCUGCUGCUGCUGCUGCUGAUACUUCCUAUUAUUAUUAUUAUUAUUUGAAUACUACUACUACUACUACUACUACUACUACUACUACUACUACUACUACUGCUACUGCUACUGCUACUGCUGCUGUUGAUGCUGUUGCUAAUAAUGAUGGUGUUGACGAAGGUGAAGUUGACGAUGCUCAUGGUGUUUGUAGUGUUGUUGAUGUUAUUGUGUGA